CUAGGCCCGGAGCCCGCUGCGGGCGAGGCGCGCCGUGCGCAGGCCUGCACUGGUCGCGGGUGAACGGCGCGGAGCCCGGGGAAUCGCCCGUCGUUGCUGGCGGCAUGGUCUUCUGUCUGGAGAACGAGGAGCCCCGCCGCCCGCUGCGAAGCGCCAUGGUCCACUUCCAGACUUCGGAAGUCCAGCAGCUACUACACAACAAGUUCGUGGUCAUCUUGGGGGACUCAAUCCAGCGGGCUGUGUACAAGGACCUGGUGCUCUUGCUCCAGAAAGACUCCCUUCUCACAGCCGCCCAGCUGAAAGCCAAGGGGGAGCUGAGCUUUGAACAGGACCAGCUGGUGGCUGGGGGUCAGCUGGGCGAGCUGCACAACGGGACGCAGUACCGGGAGGUCCGCCAGUUCUGCUCGGGUUCUGGCCACCACCUUGUGCGCUUCUACUUCCUCACCCGCGUUUACUCCGAGUACCUUGAGGGCGUCCUGGAGGAGCUGACAUAUGGGCCUGCCCCGGACCUGGUGAUCAUCAACUCCUGCCUCUGGGAUCUCUCCAGGUAUGGCCGCUGCUCAAUGGAGAGUUACCGAGAGAACCUGGAGCGAGUGUUCGUGCGCAUGGACCAAGUGUUGCCAGACUCCUGCCUGCUGGUGUGGAACAUGGCAAUGCCCCUGGGGGAGCGUGUCACUGGGGGUUUCCUUCUGCCAGAGCUCCAGUCCCUGGCGGGCUCUCUGCGGCGGGAUGUGGUUGAAGGGAACUUCUAUAGUGCUACGCUGGCUGGGGACCACUUCUUUGAUGUCCUGGACCUCCAUUUUCAUUUCCGGCAUGCAGUACAACACCGUCACCGGGACGGUAUCCACUGGGACCAGCACGCCCACCGCCACCUCUCACACUUGCUUCUCACCCACGUGGCUGAUGCCUGGGGUGUGGAGCUGCCCAAGCAUGACUCUACCCCUGACCCGUGGAUGGAGGAUUGGCCAGAGCCAGAUCAUCUGUUCCAGGGGAUCCAGGGGCAGCCCCCAGACUUCGGGGAGCAGCUGGCCUUGCCCCCACCCCCGCCUUCUCCCUUGCCGCCUCCCAUGCCUUUUCCCUACCCCCUUCCUCAGCCCUCCCCACCUCCCUUGUUCCCACCUCUGCCCCAGGAUACCCCUUUCUUCCCAGGCCAGCCCUUUCCACCCCAUGAGUUCUUCAAUUAUAAUCCAACGGAAGACUUCUCGAUGCCACCCCACUUAGGAUGCGGCCCUGGAGUAAACUUUGUGCCUGGCCCCCUGCCACCUCCAGGCCCCGGCCCUGUCCCCCAUGGUCAUCACCGAGGCCCAGUGGUCCACCGGGGGAUGCCACGCUGUGUUCCCAACAGCCCCUACCAUGUGCCGAGGAUGGGGGGACCCUGCAGACAGCGGCUCAGACACUCAGACAGAUUGAUCCACACAUACAAACUGGACAGACGGCCUCCUGCCCAGUCGGGGACAUGGCCUGGGUAGAUUGGAUCUUGGGCUGGGGCUGGAUGUGCCAAUGGCCCUGCAGGGCCUGCUUGCCGCCCCAGGUGCUGGGCCAGGGUGCCUGCUAUGCCUGGCAUUGUUCUUGUCCAUUGCUGUCACCAAUAAAGGCAUGGAAGAACAGAGUGGCAUCUUCCUGUGUGAGGGAGUGGGUCUCCCAAACCGUGAUCUUAAGAGUUGGAGGAGGCUGCCUCCGGGCUCUCUCCACCCUUGGACCUUUCACCUCACAUUGUUUAAAAUCAUUGAGUAUGUCCUUCCUGCUGUCUCACACACUUAUUUCCACCGUCACCAGAACACACAUGUGCUUAACAAAGAUCCUGGAGGAGUCCAUUGUCAGCAGCUCUUUGGGAUUGGGAAACAUCAAGGGCUGAGCUAAAAUUGUCAAUAUUUUAUGUGGAGUUUUGAAUCUAGCUAGUUCUCGCCUAUACCACGCAUUCAUGUGUACAUUCAACGUUCAUCUGCUCCUGGAGGUAGAAAAACAUAUACCUUAUCUUGCACAAUUCUUGGCACAUGGUAAACACUCAAUAAGUGGUUGGAACUAAACAAGAAUCUCCCAAACCCAAGUGGGAGACCAAUUAGAAACCCGUUAUUUGGUAGAUAUAGUGUGCAAUGGGAGCGAAGAGAACACAGACUGACUUCUUUGGUUGGGGGGCAGUAGAAGAGGAGCUGAGGGAGAGUUCCAAGGUGGGGGGUAGGGGGCUGUGCCAAGCUCCAUAAGGAAGUUAAGGAAGGAAGUACAGGGUCUCAGCCUUAACAAGUGGUUUUGGCCCUAGGUUCGUAACUACUAAGCAUCGAGAGUGGAGUAUGGACUGAAUGGUGGCAUGGGGUGGGAGAUGGAGCAUG